AUUUUCUAAGUACACGGGUUCGCGGUCGGUUAAAUUGUUAUUAUUUUUUAUUUCAAUACGCAAAUACAAUGGAAAACCCUAAAACUGGUUAAAUUCGGAGUGCAAGUGCAGCAACAAAAGUGAAAUAGCAAUGCAAUAAGCUGAAAUUUAUAAGAAGAAAGUGAAAUAAAGAGAAGAAGAAAGAAGAAGCAGUGACAAGUGGCACUGGCAGAGGUUGAAAUAUUUGUUAAUAGCAUUACAAAAGCAACUGCAACGAAGUCUCAACUACGGCAACAGCAGCUGGUUUCAGCAACAACAAACAACAUCAGACCAGUUAGGUCCAUCAAUUGCGGAAGCUGUCGCAGUCUCAUCGUGUUUCCUUUCGGAGUGCUAAAAAUAAACGUAAACCACCUACACAUACGCACGCCAGCAGCCUCAAGAGAGUGGGAAAGGGAUAGCGAUUGUGGGGCAACACACACAAGCACGCACACAUCCAAGCAGCAAAAUUUGGCAACGAAACACCAGAAGGCAGGGAAAUCUGUUCCCUGUGUCCCCCCGCUGUCACCGCUCCCGCACCAGUGAAAGCAAUGCAAAGGAUAAUGCAAAAAUGAAAAUUCGUAAAAGCAUUUUAAGGAAUUUCUGAGAGUACGGCUCAUUGAAUGCGAGUCCUUGACCGCAUAGCAUUAUGUCGGACUUUGUUCCCCGCGAAAUCUUGCCCGAUCUGUGGGCGGAGAUAUUGCGUUACCAUUGGUCGUUCCUUGAAACGGAGGAAAGUAUCCAAAAAUUGGAGGAGCGUAAAAAGUUGGAAGGCUGCCUCAAGGAAUUUCUCUGUGUGGUGCCGCAUGAUCGCAAGUUCUUCCUACCCGAAACGGAGCAGGUGCUGCGGAAGACUGUGCGAGAAUUACCAAGUUUUACAGCCCAAAAUGCUAUAGUGGGCUUUGAGGCCAUCAGUCAGUAUGCCAAUAAUUUGUUCACGAAACCCUGGCGCAAGGAGUUUCGGGUACUUAGGACCUACUCCGGCUACUAUCAGCAUGAGGUUCAGUCCAAUCUAGUGGACGCUGAUAAGCUUUUGCUUGCUAUGGGCUACCGAAAGACCGCGGAGGAUACCUUUGUCCUUGACGGUCCAAUUUGUCCGGAUCAAGUAACUAAUGUCUCUAGAGAUGCCAUGGCCGCCUAUGUGGAAUGUCAGAUUAUGAAGACCAUCUACGCUGGAUUAACCGCAGCUGGAUUCACCUGCAGUUGGCAGGAUAUCUUCCAUUAUCGCGAACGGCAUGUCGGAGGCACCACACAAACAAUUAAGGAGAUGGCCUAUCGACUGAGCGAGAAGAGGCGUAAGCCCAUUGAGAACACCUACAGCAACGUGGCAGUAGCGGCACCGCCAAGUAAGGGGUCAACAGCUGCCUGCGCCGUUCACGGGAAUCCCAGUUGUGUGUACCAUCCCAAUAACCCGCCUAUGAAUCUCAUGUACAAAGAGGCGGGUAAAUUCCUACCGCCAUAUCCCGCUCCACCGACAUCACAGCCGUCGACCACGUUGAUGACGCACUCCCGCAGUCUAGAGCACUAUCAUGAGCCACAUGCCGUACUGCCGCAUCGCCACUCGUUCGAGCAGCAUCAGCAGUGUCACCAUCCUCAUCCAUCCUCGCAUCCUCAUGUUUAUGAAACGCCAUACGAUUGCCUGGACGGAUUGAGCCUUAGCAGUAGUGCCUCAUAUGCGGCUGUGGCUGGUGCCUACAAUGCCCCCGGGAAUCGUUACCCUCUGCCAUACAACAUCUCCAGCCAGCUACAAAACGCUCAAUACGGCUCGCCCUCCGAUGGCUAUGGCACGAUGGAACAGAAUAUGUAUGCCACCAUUGAGAAACCAGUGUCAGGUUCAACGGCAGCACAGACUCCAAUGCACAGCUGUGGCUAUCACCAGCCGGCGCCCUCGGCAGCUGCCCUGGCUGCUAUGCAACAUCGCCAGAGCACAUAUCCGCCGGAUCAUCAUCUUAUCGAUUUUGAUGAGCGUGCCCAACUGACGCAGCAUGACUUUGGGAAACACGAGUACGACCCGCGAAUGUAUCAGGUGGCGACUCCACGGGGGUCCGGCCAAAAUAGGUCACAAAUUAAUGCUAUGUAUGCUCAACCCCGGGACUCAGUGGCCUAUCAAGGCUACGAUCUGCCUACCACAUUACCUCAGCCGCAGACGUCACGAUCCACCGCGGCACAGGACAUGUAUGUCUAUGCUCGUCCUACGCCCAAAAGCAGCCGCAUGCGAUCUCUGGCCGAGGCGGGCGGCAGCAAUUCGACUGACAAGCAUAGGCAUGCUGAGCUGAUGCCACAAGACCCCAUGGACAAUAAUCGCAAAUCGCACAAGGAAUUGAAGGAGCGGCAAAGUGGAACGACUUCCGCAGAUAUCCGACAUCGUAGGGUACCAGUUAAUGAGCAAGAUAUACCCACUACCGUAUUGGAUAUGUCCGGAUAUGAAUCCCCUAGCCUGGAUGGGUUCACAACUCUGGGCAGCACUUCCCCUCCUCUGAUGCCUAAAGUUCAGGAGGGUGUGGGCAGCUUUGAGUCCUGGAAUUAUGUCUUUAAGAACCUGGAACGAUCUGGCUAUUCAAAAGACCUGGGCGACCGAGAAGAUCUGUUAAUGCAGAGUCUUGACUUGGACUCGCUAACCUUGAGCAAUGGUGCGGCUAGUCCGGCGGACAAUCGUCGUGAUGUAUCGACGGCCAAACCGUCAACAACUCGUUCCACAGCCGGUGCCCAUACGAAUCCUGACAGAGCGAAAUCUGCCUCCUCAACGCACCAGAGCAGACGUGAGCCCAGCCGCGUCGUUCAAGCCGCAGCUCCUACGCCCGCACCCAACAGCAGCAGUGCCGGCUUGAAGAAAAUGAAAUCCGCUCUGAAAACAGCUACGAUAGACAAUAGGGCCACAGGGUCUCGCAAUAAAACUGGCGCUAUAGCCAAACACCCGCCUCCUGUGUCCACACAACUGAUUGUGACUAGCCCCAAUGAAUGGAGUUGCCGCUUCUGCACGUUCCUCAAUCCAAAUACCAAACGCAUCUGUGAGAUGUGCUGCCGCAGCAAGGAUUUCAAUCUAGAGGCAGCUUCGGCGGCUGCGACAGCGGCGGCAUCCAAUGUGUCACAUGCAUCCUCCACAUGCGUUUAAGACAUCGUUAUCAUCAUAAUCAUAAUCGUCAUCAUCAAGCAUCAUUGUCAACUGUACUUUUCACCCUGAAAGUGAUAUAAACAGUAUAGAGAAAUGGAUAUAAAUUUAUAAUGCAUAAAUACAUAUUAUACAUAUAUAUAUAUAUAUUUUUGUACGAAAUCCGAAAACUGUUUAACCUCCGUAUAUGAGGUCUAGUCUGGUAUAGUUUAGGGCCUUCUUCUUGUAAAUACAUAUUACUUAGUUCCCUCCCACCCCCUCCCUUUAGUGCCAGCCCCAUCAUCGCAAUGCAUAGGUAGAUACAUAUAGAGAAUACAUGCUUUAAUUAGUUCUAGUUGGUUUUCCCUCCUCCUCCCCCCAUUUUAAAUUGGAUAAGGACAUUUCUGUUUCAAUUUAUGUGCCUCCCCGCUCUACCUUUAUAUUUAUAAUCAACCCAGAUGUGUGUGAGCAAUUGAGCAAGAGAAAGGUAGAAAGCAAAUUUUCAGCAUUGUGUAAAUUUCCGGUAAAACAAAAAGAAAUUAAAACUGAUAAUUAUAUACCUUAAAUAAAUAUACAUAGUUACCAUUUACAAGACAUAUAUUCGGAACGAGAAAGUAUAUUUAUAUCGCGCGUAUAUACAUACACACACAUUUAUAUAUACAUACAUAUAUGAAUAUAUAUUUUAUACUAGUUUAAUAUUAAAUACCAAACCAGCAAAUGUACCGAAAUUUUCAUCAAAAACAAAACAAAUCCAUACUUAACUACACUUAUAAUCCAAAAAUUUAACUUGAAAGACCGAGCUAAGCGUAAAUACGAUUACUUACCCACAUAAAAAUACAUAAAAACAAAUUGGUUGGAAGAACAGAUAAAAUAACAAACACGACUACAGGUUGUUAACUUAAAUCAAUUUUUAAAUUGCAAUAUUAGUUUCGUUAGUGCUAUGUAUACAUUUCCUGUUCUUUGCCCCGACGCGCCAACUUUUCCGAAUAGACUAAUGAAGAAGAUGCAAUCCCUUGUUUGAUCUACCCACCAUGCCACACCGCACAGUGUCCCACAAGUGAUUUGUUUGUUAGAAUUGUUACAAUUAAAACUAAGUGCGAAAUGUUAAACGAACCCUGAAUAAAAACAAAAACACAAAUAUUUUUAUAAACAGAUAAAA